AUGCAAGAUGUGGAAAUCAAGAAGCUUAAACAAAAGGCUACGGAAGCUAGUGCCCUUGCCGCAGUGGAAUCUUCUAAUCACAGAGUAACAAAAGAAUUUGUUGAAUCUACCAUACAUCAGAUGAAGGAAAUGACUGACAAAUUGCCUGGAGAAAUUACAGAAAGUAAGAAUUUGAGAUCUGUUCUUAAUCGAGUUAAAAAUUUUCUUCAAGAAACGUCAGAAUUUGAAACAUCUUCAUCACCAAAGUUGGAGACUAAGCAAAAGGAUGAACAUGAUAGACCUACCUCAAAUAGUGACUCUUAUUCCAAAUUACAAAUAUAUAGAGUUGAAGAAAAUGUGGAUGCCAAUCUUUCUCAUGAUAAAGAAAAUUUCCUUGAAGAAAGAAAUAAACCUAGUACAGAUACUUGCAAAGAUAGAGGAAAUUCUCUCAAAGAAAGUGAUGAACCAAACUCAGAAAUCGAGUACAAAAAUGCACCUCGUACAUUUUCCUCAACUAGUGAUGGUUCUGAAAUGUUAGAUGAUAGACUAGAGGAGAAUGCUGAGGUUGCAAUAGUUGAUCAAUCUGAAGAAGCAGAAGAAGAUGUCUUUCAAGAAUGUAUUGGAUCACGUUCAAGAAUUGACAGAACACCGUCUUCAGAAAACUCAAACAAUGGUUCAAGAUCAUUAGACUCUUCACGACUCGGAAAACAGGGAGAAGAACAAAUUAUUGAAAAAUUUGAUUGUGGAGUUUAUGUGAUGCUCGUGUUACAGUCUGAUGGUGCCAAAAUUUUUAAACGAGUUAAAUUCAGGUAA